UUCAAAUUUGUGACCCAUUCUACUAAACAUGUGGCAGUAAAAGUGUCAAAGACAAUGAAUACAGCCAAGCAGGUAUACUCAGAGGAGGAAGCGUUUCACUUCUUCUCUUAUGAUCCUGACAAACCAAAAAAGAAACAGUCUCACACUACAUUACAAAAGGGUCAGAGUUGGUUUGGAGAAAAUGGUUGUAUGUUGGCUCUGCAUGAACCAAUACAAAAGCAUUGGAGAUGCAAAGUAGAUGACCCUUUCCCAAGCCAGUCUCCUGGUCUAAGCACUGUGUACAUUAAACCUGUGACAAACACAGUGUCAACCAUCAGUCCUGAGGGGUGCAAAGGAAUGUGGCAGCUUGACAUCAACCUCUUUGAACUGGUUUUCACCCACCAUCCCCUGUUCAGCACUGAACAUGUAUUUGCCCAACGCCUGUUGGAUCUCUAUGAGCAUUACCAAGCUCGUGAGAUAAUGGACACCGCUACCUCCCUGCAGGAUAAGCUAGGGGGACUAAAGAAGUCAGAAAUAGCUUUGAGACAAAGAAAUGAAACUCCAGCUCCCCCCUCAAAACUGAAGAAAUUAAGAAAGGAAUUAAGAAAGACCAGUGUUGCUUUUAACAAAGAGAGGCAGACAGACCUUGCCCUGGUGAGGAACAUGAUGGAGGCUUGGAAAUGCAUCAAGGCCCUCAGGGACAAGAAGGGCUUUGUUAGCACAACUGUGAAACUAAAGAUGCACAGAGAGAAACCCAGGUGCAUUAACAGUUCAGCCCACGGAGGGGGAGACACCGACAGGCCAUUGGUCUAUACAGAUGAAAACGUAACAUUCAAGGAGCAAAUCCUGUGUCAAGAGCUCCAGAUGACUCAGAAUGAGGAACGACAGCUCCCACGAGUGCAGGCUUUUGUUAGUCAGAGACCCGAGCACUCAGGCCUGAUUCCUGUUGUUACCAGGACUGCUGUGAUCACUCCUACCUCAAGAUGUCCCUGUGAUGAAAAAGAGAGGAGAAAUAAGCUGCAGCACCAUAGAAUAUCAAUCAGAAUCUUCUACAACGGAAAGCACGUGUCCACCUCUGAGAUAGCAGUGUUAAAUAAUGACUUCAAAGUGGACAUCAAACAAAUGUUCAACUUGCAGACAUGCACAAACCCAGAAAACAUCACCCUGGAGAUUUAUGAGACAAUAAGGAGUAAAUGCACUCUUUUGGCCAAGGUGUUUGUUCCCGUUCCAAACAGGAACAUGGUGUCCAGCAGUGCUUGUGUGGAGAGGUCAGAGUUCAGCAGUGACCAGGUGGUCAGGUCUCACUACGAGGGCGUGGGAAGCAAUUUACCAUUCAAACCAGACGAGAAUGAGCCUGUGAUGUAUCUCCUGACAUCUGGUAAGCUGAUGUAUAGUGUUUCCUGGGCUGUGGGGGAUACUGGCUUCCCUUUGGCACCUGCAGUCACAUCAACACAACCCAGCUGCACCAGGGCCCUGACAGCCUAUGACGAUGAGAGUCGUCUGCAGUGGAUCAGAAAUCUGCAGUUUGACCCCAACCACCCUGCUAACACGGUCCUCUCCGAACUUCUCAAGAAGGCCUGUGAUCUGAGAGACAGAAAGCUGGGCUUCUUCCGUCUUCGCCCCCUGGAGGAGGAGUUUGAUUUCACCACAGAGGAGCAGCUGGACGAGUCAAGACGCUUCCGUCUUCUGCAACUCAGGAACUGUCGUGCCCCGGGCACUGUGUCCUCCAAGCUUGUCCCUCUUCAUGACAGAGACAUCACAGAGAACAUGCUCCAAGGAUACGAUGGUUCUUCUCAUUCGUCCGUUGUGGAUGAAGAUUAUAUAACAUCUCAGAGAACACAAUCUCUCUGCAACGUGGAAAAGAUACUCAGAUUAGCCAGAGAAAGGUUUUUGACCCUGAAGAGGAGAUACAAGUUCUCUGAUAUUGUCCAGGAGCACCAGGCCGAAGACUCAACCAUAGAUUUCAACUGGGACAUGUUCCGACGAGCACGACCUUUGAACUCGAAGCGGGCAGUGAGUGAGAAAACCAGCCCCUCCGCUGUCACAAAUGGGAACCUGAACAUGAACAUUGCAGUCAACAACGCCAGGGGACUCCCCGUUCGGCUACAAGCCCACCUCAAGGAGAUGCAUGCACGGAGCUCAUGCUGUGGUCUGACGAGCAGUAGUCACAGCAUCAGACGCAACACAGAGAAGGUGAUGUCACAGGCUCAGGUUCAGCCCUUCGUCGAGGUUAGGUUUCAGGAGACGACCUAUGAGAGCCGUGUUGAGCAGGGACCCAGCCCCUGUUGGAGGGAAGAGUUCUCUCUGCAGUUGAAAUCCGAAGGUAAUGACUACAGUCGAGCUGGUCUCUCCAAAAUACUGGACAACAUUGUCAUCAAUCUGUUUGAUGAGCUUUCAUUUCAAGUCAUCGAGAGCAGUACACUAAGGGGCUGUGGCACUCAGGGCUUCUCUGGUAGACAGUGGCUGGGCUCAGUCACUAUCCCCUUCAGAACUCUACUGCAGCAGUCGAAGGUGUGUGAGACCUUAAGAAUUUGUAAUCCUGUGAUGUUGCUGGGCUAUACCUGGCCAGAGGAGGAUUUUCCUCAUGAGGACGGUACACAGAUCCAGAUGGAUGAAAACAACAGCUUCCUGGAUGUGUUCAUCGCCCUGGAUCCACCCGUCUCGCUCUGUUCAGACACCACCACCAGGCUACAGGAUGAAGAUCAGAGACAACUUUGGCAGUUUCCCACUGAGGAGGACGACCGGCUGCUGGACAGGACCUUUGACUUUGAGAAGCAGUGCAGAGAUGCAGCUGGAGGGAGGAAGCGUGUCAUCACCAUGGUGAUGAGCAGUGAGGGCAGACUGGUCCUGGCUACCAGGUUUUUCAGGCCACUUCCUCUUCCAGAGGAAGUACUACAGGAUGUCCCUGGAGGGAGUCUCAUGUCUGUUUUAAAGAGGGUAGCAGCUUUUGUGUCCCUGAUUCCUGUCCUGCCGUUCCCCUCUGAUGUUGGAGACUGUGGAGACAUGUGGUUCACAUCCGAGCAAUGCCUGAAGUGGGUGACAGGAAACCAUGUCAGUCUGGCUGUGCUCCUGUGCAACUUCUUCUGUCAUCUCCACACUAAGGCAUGGCUUGUCUUGGGAAAAUCAGUCGUGGAGGGGGAGACAGCUUAUGUCCUUACCAAGGAGCAUGCUUGCUAUACCUUGUGGAACCCUAGAGAUGGAAAACACUACCAGUCCUCAGACUCCUUCUGUCCCCUGCGCUCUGUGGACUGCUUAGUCAAUGGAGAAAACGUGUGGUUCAACUUCCGACGGGCAGUGAACACUGGUGUCCUUACGUUCGACACCUCAGAAAACACCACAUGGAGACCUUUGUUCAAUACUGCUUGGGAGCAGGAAUCAUCUUCUGUGCCACAAGAGAUCAGGUAUCAUCCACCCAAUGUGGACCUGGUCUGGCAGCUUCAGAAAAGGAUGGAGCUUAAACUAAAGAGCUGUGUGAUGGACUGGAGGAGACCCCACCCCACACGCUGGAGCCACCACUGCUCAGCCAAGCUCUCCAUGCUCCUGCCCCAUCUGGAGAGGUUCCCUGCCUCCUCGUCCUCCAUAAAGACCCAGAUGGACGACCUGCUGGACUGCAUGCAGAACUACAAGGUGUCUGGCUUUCCUAUCCAGCUGGCCUAUCAGAACAUGGGUUCAGUGAUAGAGGCAGUGUACAACACACGGAUCCACAGCACAGAGAUACCUGGGACAGAGUUCGCCCUGGGUAUCUACGUCCACCCAUACCCUAACUACAUCCUGUCGGUUUGGAUCUUCCUUGCUACGCUGGUGAAACACCAGCACGGUGCCUUCUAUAAUCCUCAGUGAGGGACUACAGAAAAUCAUCACCUACAAUGGUUAACUGAGCUUAGCUCAGGAUCUACAGUCUCUAGGUUAUCUGAGUUUAGCUCAGGAUCUACAGUAUCUAAUGUAAUUCCACUGAUCCAAGAAUAAGAGGUAGGCCAGGUGUCUCAGCCCUCCCCAGCCAAAUGGGAACACCAAGAGUCCAGUGCUUGUUUUCACAUUUCCUAAAUAUUAAAA